AAUCGAUAAGGACAAGUAAAUUUAACUAAACCACAAUUUUACCAUACAUAGCCCAUUGAUAACUACCAAAGGCCCAGAAUCAAUUCAAUUAUGGCGGGAAAUCCCAUCAUCCUCCGCCGUUAUAGUCAUCAUCAUCAAUCGCCCGCCACUGUAUCAGCCGUCUGAUUGUCGGAAAACCAUGGCGACGACGCCAUCAAUCACCGAACUCUUCGCUCAACUCGCUCUUCACCUCCAAUUACCGAUCAACGCACGCGAAAACGAAGAGGAAACUCUCAAUCUCUCGAUUUCGAAGCUAAACCAAUCUCUCAACCUCGAUGAAAACCCUAAUUCUGAGCUUAGGGUUUUGGAUACCGCUCUAUCUCUUAUGUGUUUCAAGUCGCCCCAGGUUAUUGAUUCGCUGAUCGAGUAUUUAGUGAAGACGAUCAUCAGCGUUUUGUCAUCUUCGGUUACUUUCAAGGUUUCGCGGCUUCAAAAUGAAGAGUUUUUGCUUAUGGAUAGCUCAAAUUUGGGUCUACAUUGCGUGGAAUUGGUUGAAAUGUUUAACAACAUUCACGCAAAGAUACAAGGAAAAGGGUUAUUUUCUCAUUUGCUGUUACGAGCUGUUUUAAGGGUCGCGGUUUUGGCAUCUUGCUAUCUGUCUUCAUCCCCGCAUAAACCUAUUCUUGUAGAAUCAAUUGAAGGAAGAAGUGCUGCUGUUUCCAAGUUGCAUUGUCAUUUACCUGCUGAACUGUCCCUCGAAAACGAGGAACUACCAUUGAGGUUGUUCUUCUGGUAUCUGGACCCCCUAACUCUAAAGCAAGCUGUUUCAAAGAUAUUACAAGAUACCAGAGAAAGGCCUUUCCUUUGUUUGAGUGAGGAAUUUCACCAGAGAAUGGAUUGGCGUGCCAUCAUAAUAUGCUUGGCACUUUCUCCUGUUAUGUUUAUCGAGACCAGAGCUCUAUUGCAUAACUGGUUUCUUAGAACGGGUCUGGCUUUUGUACUAGAUCUUCUGGCUGGACUAGUGGUAGCAAUUUUGGAUGUAAUUUCCAGACCAACAUGGUGGGGCUUAUCUGUGGAAAUGGGAUCUAAGCUACCAUUUUCUAAUGCAUAUUUCCCAAAUAAGAACCAUUUAUUGAGGAUUUUAGUUGGAGCCUUCUCUGUUGAAAACUUUAUACAUCUAGUGCAUGCCACCAGUGAACUAGUAUCUCUUGGUGGGGAACAACUGUGUCCAGCUAUCAAGUCGACAGCAGUGGCAGUUCAGAGCAUAGAUCACAGAUCUCUCUGGGCUUUGGCAAUAGACUUUCCUGAUUGGUUCUAUUUUGCUUCUGUUUUACUCUUCUCUGAGAAAACUCCCCAGAAGAAUUUUCAAGCUAAAUGCUCAUUAUCACCCAAAGUUGGAGAAGUACAUGAUAAGGAAUCAUUGUCUACGUUUGCUGCAAGGUAUAUUGCCUGGAUUCUGAGUCCCACUAGUAAAACUAAUCAGGAUUUUUUAGUUGAUUUUUUGACUAAAAUAUCUCUGUCUUGGGGUCUGAAACAAUUCGACUUAACUAUGCACAACAAAGAAGGAGCUACAAGCAAGAAGAAACUUAAGAAACCAAAAGUUCAUAACAAGAUGGAGGAUUAUGCUCAGGCAAAAGAGUAUGAUUGUCAAAUGAUUGGGAUCUGGCUCAAUGAAACUGAAAAAAUGUACCUUGAGUAUGGUAGUAAUACAACCAUCAAUGGUUCUGCAUCUGCUGAUUCAAAUGCAUUCUGUGUUCUUAACCUGCAGCAAAAUGUUCUUUUAAGGAGAAUCCUAUUAGGCGUAUUGAUUGGUUGCCCCAGUUGUAUCACUGAGAAUGGAUGUGGACUUCUGCUGCACUAUGCUGCAACAGGGAAAAUACUUCAGCCAAGGGAAACUAUGCACGCCGGACUAAGACAUAUAAAACAUAAGUCUGAAAGGGAGGACUUAACUACCUGGAUUGACAAAUGUAGUGAAAAAGAUGUUUUAGCAGGUGCCUGUCUUGUUUUUGGCUUGACAGAUGCUCUUGAUAGUAUAUCUGCUUCAUUUUUCGAGACUGAAGAGAGUGGGAUAGAUUUUAUUUACCAGGUGAAAGUAAAGGCUGGGAAGUAUUUAAUGAAGUGCAUCAAUAGACUAUGCCAGCUUAACAAUGAAAAAGGAGUUUCGACGUUAAGGGACGUACAUAAUAGAUUGGAGCGAUGGAGGCAUCAAGGGCGGGAAAUAUUACUAGUUCAGACAGAUGUAGAUGAUAUCAUCAAUUACUUGAAUCAGAAAAUCGUCAAGUCAAGUAAAUAG